AUGAACGUGUUUAUGAACAAGUUUAAUAGAGGAGGCACAAGGCUUCCCCCUCCCCCUGCUGGGGAAGGCGCACUGGCUUCUGCCUCCAUUCCCUCCUGUUUGUGGGCACAGCCUUCCUCUUCUCGACAUGGGGAAUCCAAAGCGGGACAUGGGGAAUCCAAAGCAGAACGGGAGAGGAAUCAGCUGGUGGGAGUCAGCAGUGUCGCGCUGAUAGACAAGACGGACAAGACGCAGACAGCAAAGACCCUGAAGGGCCUGAUCAAGAAAAAGGAGAAGGCAGGGGAAGUGGUGAAGAAAGAGGAGAAGUCGGGGUCUGGGCAGUCACCCAUACAAGGAAACCUAAAGAAGGAAGACGCCACAAAGACAAGCAAGGGGAAGGUGACCAUCCCCGAGCAGAAGCCAAGCAGGGGGAAAGGGCAGAAGACCGGGAGCAAGGAGAAGCGCAGCAUCCUCCUGGAGUCAGAGCUGAUUGUUGAAGCUACGGAGAUGGUCAACCCUCUCUUGGAGCCCGUGGAACACCGAGAUGGGAAAGUUUUCUUGCUUGGGAACAAGGUCCUUUUGCACCUCAACCUCCUCCGAAACCGCAUCACCGAGGUGGGGCUGGAGGGUUUCCUCAAUGUGGUGCGGUACCAGGCGCAGUUCUCCAAGUCCUCCAAGAGUGCGGCCAAGGGCCCCGUGGGGCUGCUCUGGCUGUCUCUGGCGAAAAACAACUUCUCCCCGCAAAGCCCCAUGUACAUCAUGAUGCAGGAACUGAUGCUGCCAAGGGACCCCAUCAGUAAGGCCAAGCACAGAGAGGAGGAGGCCAUGGCUUCCGCCACCUAGGCCC